AUGAUUCUCAAGACCUUCAACAGCCUGGAGACAGAGACCGGGGACUCCUUGGAUCCCCUGUGCCCCAAAGCAGAGAAUAAAUAUUUGCCAUUCCCCAACCUUGGUCAGAUGGAAGAGAAGGAGGAAGUUGUGAGGAAGAGGAUGUCUCAGGACCCCUCUGCAGGCAAUGAGCUGAGGAUGGAGACCAAGAAGGAUAAAUCCCCCCGGCAGAACCUCAUGGAAGAGGCCGUUUUGAGCGGCUCCACAGCACAGGAAUCCAAUGGGGAGGAAAAGCCCCGGAGAUCCCACACAAGGAGGGGCUGUAAACCCAGGCCAGGGUGCUCUGAGGGGAAAAAACCCACCCUGUGCCAGAGCUUCAGCCACAGCUCAGAAUUGGUGGUCCAUGAACAACUUCAAGCUGGGGAGAAGCCCUACAAGUGCUUGGAGUGUGGGAAGAGCUUCAGUAUAAGCACCCACCUGCUCCGUCACCAGCUGAUCCACACUGGGGAAUGGCCCUAUGAGUGUGGGGAAUAUGGGAAGGGCUUCAGCCAGAACUCCUACCUGAUCCGCCACCAGAUAAUCCACACCGGGGAAAGGCCCUAUGAAUGCAAGGAAUGUGGGAAGGGCUUCAGAGACAGCUCUGACCUGCUCCGCCACCAGAUGAUGCACACUGGGGAGCAGCUUUACACGUGUGGGGAAUGUGGGAAGAGCUUCAGCCGGAACUCCUACCUGAUCCAGCACCAGAGAAUGCACACAGGGAAAACUCCCUACGAGUGUGGGGAGUGUGGCAAGGGCUUCAGCUGCAGCUCCAUCCUGCGGGAACACCAGAGGAUCCACACGGGGGAACGGCCCUACAAGUGUGGAGAAUGUGGGAAGAGCUUCAGCUGGAGCUCUGAC